AUGUCAUUAAAUUUAUCAUUAUAUACAAUAUCAUCAGUACUAAUAUUAGAUAACGAAGGUAAAAGAUUAUUUGCAAAAUAUUAUAAACCAACAUUACCAGAAACCAAUAAUACUUUUUCAUCAUCUCAAUUUGAUACUAAAGAAAAACAAUUAAAAUUUGAAUCAACAUUAUUUUCCAAAAUUAAUAAAAUUAAUCAAGAUAUUUUAAUUUUUGAGAAUAAUUUAAUUUGUUAUAAACAAGUCAAUGAUAUUAUUAUAAUUUUUAUUAGUCCAUUAAGUGAAAAUGAAAGUUUAGUUUAUAGUACAUUAAGUAAUUUUAAUGAAGCAUUAUUAAUUUUAUUCGAUAAUUCAAUUGAUAAAUUGACAUUACUUGAAAAAUAUGAUUUAUUAUGUUUAUGUUUAGAUGAAAUUAUUGAUGAUGGAAUUAUAAUUGAAUAUGAUCCAGCUACUAUUGUUUCAAGAGUUACUAAACCACAUUCAAAUCAAAUUGAUGUUAAUAAUUUAAGAAAUAUAGAUAUUAGUGAAAAAGGGUUAUUCAAUGCUUUAAGUUUUGCUUCAAAGAAAUUAGGUGAAAGAUUACAACAAGGAUUAUAG